AUGGCCACAUUAUCUAUACCUACAACUUCUGCGCUUCCUCCCUCUCAACUUGUCCCCUCAACCCACCCCUCCGUUCAUAAACUUCUUUCUCGCCUCUCGCGCCCUUCUCUUCUUACUCUCGCCCUUGACUGGCUUGACGAACGUAAUCAAGUUAACACUGCGCCCUAUCUUCUUGAAGCUGACGACUCCGCAUCCGACUAUGAGCAGGAUCUCUACCCACCUCAUGCUACCCUCGAUUCACUCAGCGAACUCUAUACCACCUUCACGACACAAAAAGGCAGCAAGCGCGAUGUACUCGAUCGGAUUCUGGAAGGAGAUUGGAGACACGGAAUUACAUUAUAUCAACUAGCUAUGGCAGAUAUGCAAUAUUUAUAUGAUCAUCCUACGUCGCAGAAAUGGACCGCCUUGAAAAUCGUACGGCUGUCAUCCUCAUCUCCCGACCAUGAAGUUUUGGACGAAGAAAAGAAAGAUGCGACAAUACCACGAUUUUAUCCUUCAACUUUCUUACAAAAUUUACAGAGGGAGGUUUUACCAGACGUCAAAGCCCAUUACAAUCUCGACCGUCAUGCUACUUUACCAUUACUACUCCUGAGGAUAUAUAUCCUGGAUUCGCCAUACAAUACAUCACUUGCGCUUUCAUCGGGAUCUAGAAAACCAAGCAUGGCAUUCGAUUCUAGCAGGACUUUCUACAUUGCUUUCCCGGAUGCCUCGCCGUAUAUUUAUGUUUCAUUGAAUUCUACGGCAGGGAGUGCCACCGGAGCAACCGACACGAAGAGUUUAAGGAAAUUGACAUUGGAUGGGAUUCCGAAGGCGUUUAGCAGACCAAGAGAGAGAUACAAGUUAGAAGGUACUGGAUUUUCUACGAAGAAUUUGGAAGCAUUGUGUGAAAAGAGGGGAGGAGGAAGACAAAACGCAGCAGGAGGUGCGUGGGGAGUUUAUGCUGGAGAGAAUAAAAAGGACAACCCGUUGAAUCCGAUAUUACCUACACCAGCUGAUUCGCCAACUGAAUAUUUAGAGAGUGCCGUUAAGGAGAAAGGAAUAAUCAGAAAUAUGAAGAGACCUAGAGAAGAAGACGCGCCAGAAUUGGCAAAGAAGCGAAAGGAUAUGGCUAUGGCCCGUUUCGGAAGCUCUGCGAAGUCAAAUGACGGGAAAGGUAUUGAAAGGCUCGACAUACGUCUCGAAGACCCUUUCCCUUCUCUUACCUCCAUAAUACACGAAGCUGAAAAUGAAUCAGCGAUCGAGAGACGGCGAGGGAAGAAUAAAGGGCGCAGAAGUACCAUCGAAGCGGAGCUUGAUAGAUUAGAGGACGAGAAUGGCGAGGAAAGAAGCGAAACAGAAAGGGAAGAAAGGGGAAGAGAUACAUGGAAGCCAGAUAUCAGGAUAACGUUCCAUGGAAAUCAUGUAUUUGCGGGAAUUCGAGAAUUAGUUGAGGCGGGAAUCGUAGAUGGAGAGAAGAUGCCUGGAUGGAUGACUGGGGAAGAAAGUGUUAGUUUAGGAGUCGUGAAGAGAGGAAGGAUUAGGGGAUUCAAGGGAAGUGGUGUGUGA